AUGGAGACACCCAAACAAGCAUGCUGGCUUGUUAGAAAAAUAUUUGAUGCAAGGAAAUGGUAUGGGAACAAUGAUCCUUACACAGAGCUACAACAAUUCACUCAUGCUGAUAAGUUCAUAAUCAAGAAGGCAUACAUGCAUCUAAUCCCUCAAUAUCCUAAAGUCAUGUGGAAAGGCCUCAUUAUGGGACCAUGUCUUGUGCCAAAGUAUCAGUUUCUACUUUGGCUUGCACUACAGAAGAGACUCUCUGCAGUUGACAGAUUGGCUAAAUGGGGAAUACAAGUUUCUAGGAACUGUGUAUUAUGCAUGUCUGAUACUGAAGAAACCCAUUCACAUCUGUUUUUUGAAUGUGAAUACUCAAGGCAGUUAUGGAGCUCCUUCUUACGCUGGACAGGAGAGUGUAGCCAGGUAGGAAGCUGGGAAGAGGAAGUUGAAAGCUUAACGACCAAAAGAUGCAACAGCAAAGCCCAUGCAGAGGUCCUAGGAUGGUUACUAGCUGCGGCUGUCUAUCAUAUUUGGAGUGAACGAAAUGCUAGAAGAUUUCAAGAACAGCAACGAGAUCGCAUUCUAAGAUUAAGAGAGAUUGUCAUUCAACUGCAUAGGAAAGGACAACAUAGAAGCAGUUAG